AUGGUGGUGGUGGCGGCGGCGGUGGUAGCGGCGGCGGCGCAUGUUCAGCAACAGGUUCACCCAAACCUCUCGGCGAAAGAAGAUUCCCUCUAUUACAUUGAAGAGUUGAUACUUCAGCUGCUAAACAAACUAUGCAUUGCUCAGCCACGGACUGUCCAAGAUGUAGCGGACCGCGUUCAAAAGACAUUUCCUCAUCCCAUAGACAAGUGGGCGAUCGCUGAUGCGCAGUCUGCCAUAGAGAAACGAAAGAGAAGAAACCCUCUCCUGCUGCCCGUGGACAAAAUACAUCCUUUAUUAAAGGAGGUCCUGGGCUAUAAGGUAGAUUACCACGUCUCUCUGUACAUUGUGGCUGUCUUAGAAUACAUCUCAGCUGACAUUUUAAAGCUGGCUGGAAACUAUGUCUUCAAUAUCCGACACUUUGAGAUCUCCCAGCAGGACAUCAAAGUAUCCAUGUGUGCUGAUAAGGUUUUGAUGGAUAUGUUUGAUCAGGACGACAUUGGUUUGGUUUCUCUCUGUGAAGACGAACCCUCUUCUUCUGGGGAGCUCAACUACUAUGACCUAGUGAGAAACGAAAUCGCAGAAGAAAGGCAGUAUCUCCGGGAGUUGAAUCUGAUAAUAAAAGUAUUUCGGGAGGCUUUCCUAUCAAACAGAAAAUUGUUCACACCUAACGAUAUCGAUGUGAUAUUUAGCAACAUUUCAGAUAUUCAUGAGUUGACAGUGAAGCUUUUAGGAUUGAUUGAGGAUACUGUUGAAAUGACUGAUGAAAGUAGUCCUCAUCCUCUGGCUGGCAGCUGCUUUGAGGAUCUUGCAGAGGAACAAGCCUUUGAUCCAUAUGAAACCUUGUCCCAGGAUAUUCUUUCGCCACAAUUCCAGGAGCAUUUUAAUAACUUAAUGGCAAAACCUGCUGUUGCACUCCACUUCCAGUCCACUGCUGAAGGGUUUAAGGAAGCUGUACGAUACGUCCUCCCACGACUCAUGCUCAUCCCAGUCUAUCAUUGUUUGCACUACUUUGAGUUACUCCAGCAAUUGCAGGAAUGCAGCGAGGAUGAGGAAGAUCGGGAGUGCUUAAAACAAGCCAUCACUGCCCUUCUCAACCUGCAGUGCAGCAUGGAGCGCAUCUACAGCAAACACUCCCCGAGACGUCGGCCUGGGGAGCCGGUGUAUCGUUUCUAUAACCGGCAAAUAAGAAGCAAGCACUUGGCCAUCAAGAAAAUGAAUGAAAUCCAGAAAAAUAUUGACGGCUGGGAAGGCAAAGAUAUUGGGCAGUGCUGCAACGAGUUCAUAAUGGAAGGCGGCUUGACAAAAAUAGGAGCCAAACACGAACGCCACAUCUUCCUCUUCGACGGCUUAAUGAUCAGCUGUAAAACCAACCACGGUCAGUCGCGGCUUCCCGGCUACAGCAACGCUGAGUAUAGACUGAAGGAAAAAAUCAUCAUGAGGAAAAUACAGAUUAUUGAUAAAGACGACACGGCCGAGUACAAACACGCUUUCGAACUGGUGUCUAAAGAUGAGAACAGUAUCCUCUUUGCUGCCAAGUCCGCUGAAGAGAAGAGCAACUGGAUGGCGGCUCUGAUUUCCCUCCAGUAUCGCAGCACCCUGGACAGGAUGCUGGAUUCGGUCUUACUCCAAGAAGAAAACGAGCAGCCGCUGAGGUUGCCCAGCCCGAGCGUGUAUCGGUUCGUGGUGGAAGACUCAGAGGACAACAUCGUUUUUGAAGACAACUUGCAAAGCAGGAACGGCAUUCCUAUCAUCAAAGGAGGGACGGUUGUGAAGUUAAUCGAGAGGUUGACGUACCACAUGUAUGCAGAUCCUAAUUUUGUACGUACCUUCCUUACCACCUACCGCUCCUUUUGCAAACCCCAGGAGCUGCUGAGUUUACUGAUCGAAAGGUUUGAAAUCCCGGAGCCGGAGCCUACGGAAGCAGACAGGCUGGCAAUCGAGAAAGGGGAGCAGCCCAUCAGCGCAGACCUCAAGCGCUUUCGCAAGGAAUACGUCCAGCCCGUACAACUCAGAAUAUUAAAUGUUUUUCGCCACUGGGUAGAGCACCACUUUUACGAUUUUGAAAGAGAUCUGGAGUUGCUGGAGAGACUGGAGACGUUUAUUUCCAGCGUGAGAGGAAAAUCCAUGAAGAAGUGGGUGGAAUCGAUUGCUAAAAUCAUCAAGAGGAAGAAAGCUCAGGCCAAUGGCAUUAGCCACAACAUCACCUUCGAGAGCCCGCCGCCCCCCAUCGAGUGGCACAUCUGGCGCGUGGGGCACAGCGAGACCCUGGACCUCAUGACUCUGCACCCCAUCGAGAUCGCCCGGCAGCUGACGCUCCUCGAGUCUGACCUUUAUAGGGCGGUGCAGCCUUCUGAACUCGUGGGCAGCGUGUGGACUAAAGAAGAUAAGGAAAUUAACUCCCCAAAUCUCUUGAAAAUGAUCCGUCAUACUACAAAUCUGACUCUUUGGUUUGAAAAGUGCAUAGUGGAAACGGAGAACUUUGAAGAGCGAGUGGCUGUGCUGAGCAGGAUUAUAGAAAUCCUGCAGGUUUUUCAAGAUCUGAAUAAUUUCAAUGGUGUUUUGGAGAUCGUCAGUGCCAUGAACUCUGUCUCCGUGUACAGGCUGGAUCACACGUUUGAGGCACUGCAGGAAAGAAAAAAAAGAGUUUUGGAUGAAGCUGUAGAAUUAAGUCAAGAUCAUUUUAAAAAAUACCUAGCUAAGCUCAAGUCAAUUAAUCCACCCUGUGUGCCUUUCUUUGGAAUAUACCUAACAAAUAUUUUGAAGACAGAAGAAGGGAAUCCUGACUUCCUUAAAAGACAAGGGAAAGAAUUAAUUAACUUCAGCAAGAGGAGAAAAGUGGCUGAAAUUACAGGAGAGAUUCAGCAGUACCAAAACCAGCCUUACUGUUUACGGAUAGAGCCAGAAAUUCGGAAAUUCUUUGAAAAUCUCAAUCCUAUGGGGAAGAUACCAGAAAAAGAGUUUACAGAUUAUCUGUUCAACAAGUCGUUAGAAAUUGAACCUCGAAACUGCAAGCAACCACCUAGAUUUCCCAGAAAAACAACGUAUCCCCUGAAAUCUCCCGGGAUAAGGCCCAAUACGGGCAGACACGGCUCCACCUCUGGCACCUUGCGGAGUCAUCCGUUGCCUCUCGAAAAGGAGCCAAGUAAGAUAAGUUUCAGUAGAAUCACCGAGGCAGAGCACGAAUCCACGGUGUCGGCACCGACUUCACCGAACACACCCUCUACGCCGCCGGUGUCCGCUUCUUCCGAGUUCAGCGUGUUUUUAGACAUUGAUCUCAACAGCUCUUAUGGUAACAACAGCAUCUUCGCUCCCGUCAAUUUGCCACAGUCGAAGACUUUCUUCAGCUCCUGGGGCAGCUUUCCCAAACUAAGUGAUGAGCCUCAAAACCCUCCUCCACUUCCUCCACGAAAGAAGAUGGAUCAGGAGGCUUCUAACGCUAAGGGAAGUCUAAAGUCGGACGACGAUCCUCCAGCGAUUCCCCCCCGGCAGCCGCCGCCUCCAAAGAUCCAGCCCCGCGCUCCCUCUUACACCACCCCCUUCGACCAGCCGCUGCACAGCCCCCCUCCUCCGCCCCCCCGGGACCCUCUUCCCGAUACUCCACCCCCGGUUCCCCUCCGGCCGCCCGAACACUUCAUCAACUGCCCUCUCAACCUCCAGCCGCCGCCGGUGGGACGCCUUCACAGAGAUCCCGAGCGGCUGAGGGAGGCGAGCACAGGUCCCAGUUCUCCCAGCACUCCUCCCAGCACGCCCUCGCCCCGGCUACUGCGUCGCUGCUGCGUGAUCAGCGCCGCUCACAACAGCCCGGGCCACCCUCCUGCGCCCCCCGUCCCGCCCCGGAACAAUUCGAGCCCUCAGUUACCAAAACUGCCACCAAAGACUUACAAAAGGGAGCUCUCCCACCCUCCUUUGCACAGACUCUCUUUGCUAGAAAAUGCAGAAACUCCUCAAUGACCGUAGCCAUAGUAGUCAUUGACACUGGAAUAGUAUUUGUAAAGUUCCUUUUUUUUUUUCUUUUUUUUUUUAUUUAUUCAAAAAAAAAAAAAAAGGCAGUGUAUUUUAGUACUUUCACAAAUUAUGCUCUUAAAAGUGCUGCUGAUCGAAAACAGGAAAAAAAAAAAAAAAAAAAAGUUUAAAUUGGAAAAAUAAGACUCCACACACUCUGGCCUGCGUCUGCUCGACAGCAUUACCCUCAGGUGAUCAGCAGCAUUGCCUUGUCUCACAUCCUCAGUGCCGACACUUAUGCCAGUACACACACACACACACACACACAAAAAUAGACCUUUUGCACUGUAAACUACACUAAAUGAAUUUAAACUGACAUCCUUUAAUUGCACUGAGCCAAAAAAAAAGGUGCGUCUGUGGAAUUUUUUCGAAUUUGAGCACUAGUGGCCUUUUUUUUUAAUUAUUAUUAUUAAAAACAAAAGAACAACGGGAUGAUUCACACCACGGGGACGUAGAGUGUUACUGAUUUUAAACCUCUGGCCACUUGCCUUCUAACGUGGUGUGAGCUCGGAGGUCCGUGAGUGACAGCUACUGUUCUCGAAUAUUUUAAUGCCGUGUCUUAAUUGCCAUUGAUUUGCUGCUGAAGACAAAAAAAAAAAAAAAGAAAAAGAGGUUGAAAUCUAAACACCAAAAUACUCGGUUGGUCUUGAUUAUUUUAAUAAAGGGUGACCAAGGACCCGCUGCGGAUGUUGGAAAGGAUGCCCAGUACUUAGCAUGCGUCUUGUUCAGAUGUGCCUUUUUUGUUUUGGUGGGCGAAGAUGUCUUAAGCUAUAAAAGAGUUGUCUACUGUUCUGGAGAACAAAGCUAUAUGCCGUGUAUGUACAAUUGUUUAUAUUGUAUAUUUACAGAUAAUGCUAAUAACCUGUAUAAAUUUAAGUGACUCGAGGCCUAUAAUACAGUCUGCUGCUCUCGCAACCUUAUCCGGUCAGAAGUUGUUUCCUCUGGCUUAGGAACAGCCUUGCCUUCCAAACCUAAUAACUUUCUCUAGAUCUCACUUAACUUAAUCGUGAAUCCAUUUGGGAAAUCGGUAGCAUUUAAACCAGCAAACACUUAAAGCUUUAUUAAACUUUUUUAAACUGAUAAGCGAAUGGAACUUUUAUUUGCCAGUCGAACUACUUGUUUGAACUGGUGUGAGAGUGAGUCUGUUUUACUGGUAGUACUGUAGCAGCAUUUAUAAAGUGGCCAGAAGCCACAUUUUAUUUACUGGUCUGUGGCCUUUUACUGUGCUUUGUAUCAGAGUUCUUAACAAGAUUAAUAAAUCACCCCAGUCUUAAUUUUUAAGA